UCUAUCGAAUCUAUAUUGGCUGGAUCUGGCUGACAACCAAAUAGAGGGCCCAAUUCCUGUGUCAGAUGGAACUACACUCGGCCUUGACAUGUUGGUCCAUACCAAGCAUUUUCAUUUGGGACAGAAUAGACUUUCAGGCGAAAUCCCGGAGAAAAUUUUCAGCUCAAACAUGGCUCUGGUACAUGUGUUAUUUGACAGCAACAAACUCACCGGUCCUAUCCCUUCAACCCUUGGGCUUGUGCAAUCUUUACAGGUGAUACGUUUUGAUAACAAUUCCUUAAGUGGGAGUGUUCCGUCAAACCUCAACAAUCUCACAAGUCUUCAAGAGUUGUAUUUGUCUAACAAUAACCUGAAUGGUUCUUUACCCUCCCUUACUGGCAUGAUCAAUCUCAACACCUUGGACUUGAGUAAUAAUAGAUUCAGUACCUCUGUGAUUCCUACAUGGGUUUCAUCUUUGCCAUCCUUAACAACACUAAGGAUGGAAAACACUCAACUUCAAGGUGAAGUUCCUGUCAAACUCUUCAGCCUUCCACAUUUGCAGACUGUGGGGCUAAAACGCAACCAACUAAAUGGCACCUUGGUUAUAGGCAUGGGAUUUAGUAACCAGCUGAGCCUCAUAGAUUUGCAGAAUAAUCGGAUUAGUGGGUUCAAGGGAACAGAAGGAUACGACAUUCGGAUAAUACUUACUGAUAACCCCGUUUGUGAAGAGACUGAAGAAACAAAAACUUACUGUGUAGUUCCACAAUCAAAUUCCACUUCCUUGUAUACUACCCCUUCCAACAGCUGCUUGCCUACUACAUGCAAUUCAGACCACAUUUCUAGCCCCACAUGCAGAUGUGCAUAUCCAUAUACAGGAAUUCUAUUUUUCAGAGGAAUUUUAUUCUCAGACUUGGGGAACUCAACCGUAUAUGUGGUUCUAGAGACAUCUCUGAAGCAGUUCUUCCAGUCCAACAAUCUUCCUGUUGAUUCAGUAUCACUAAGCAAUCCAAGAAUGGAUCUUUCUAGAUAUUUUCUACUAAACCUUGAUAUCUUUCCAUAUGGCCAGGAUAGUUUCAAUCGAACAGGGAUUUCUACAAUUGCAUUUGUAUUUAGCAACCAGUCUUACAAGCCACCAUCUAGUCUUUAUGGACCUUAUUUUUUUCGCGGUGAUGCUUACAACCACUUUUCAGACCCUAAAAGCUCCAAAAAAUCAACUACUGGCAUCAUUAUUGGAGCAGCUGUUGGUGGCUCUGUGCUUCUGCUACUUUCACUACUUGCUGGGGUUUAUGCUUUUCAUCAAAAGAAGAAGGCAAAAAGAGCAAGCCUAGAGAGCAACCCUUUUGCACACUGGGAUGUUAAGAAAAGCAGUGGAAGCAUUCCUCAGUUAAAAGGUGCAAGAUGUUUCUCUUUUGAGGAGCUUAAGAAAUAUACAAAUAACUUUUCAGAGGCCAAUGAUAUUGGAUCUGGGGGUUAUGGAAAGGUUUAUAGGGGAACUCUUCCCAAUGGAGAGCUGGUUGCGAUCAAACGAGCCCAGCAAGGAUCAAUGCAGGGUGGGCAAGAAUUCAAAACAGAGAUUGAACUUCUCUCUAGAGUCCACCAUAAGAAUGUUGUCGGUUUAUUAGGAUUUUGUUUUGAGCGAGGUGAACAAAUGCUAAUAUAUGAAUAUAUUCCAAAUGGCUCAUUGUAUGAAACUCUAUCAGGAAAGUCAGGAAUCAGACUGGAUUGGACCAGGCGACUCAAAGUAGCCCUUGGUGCAGCUAAAGGCCUGGCAUAUUUGCAUGAACUUGCCAAUCCUCCCAUCAUACAUAGGGACAUUAAAUCGACUAACAUAUUAUUGGAUCAGCGCCUCACUGCUAAAGUUGCUGAUUUUGGUCUUUGCAAACUUAUAAGUGACAGUGAAAAAGGUCAUGUUACCACUCAAGUCAAAGGGACAAUGGGUUACUUAGAUCCUGAAUAUUAUAUGACCCAGCAGCUAACUGAGAAGAGUGAUGUUUAUAGUUUUGGGGUGCUUUUGUUGGAGAUGAUAACUGGAAGAAGGCCAAUAGAGCGAGGGAAGUAUAUUGUAAAAGAGGUGAGAAUGGCAAUGGAUAAGACAAAAGACUUGUAUAGUCUUCGUCAGAUUCUUGACCCAGCCAUUGCGGAUGCAAGCCUGAAAGGAUUAGAAAAGUUUGUGGACCUAGCAAUGAACUGUGUGGAAGAUUCAGGAGUUGACAGGCCUACAAUGGGUGAUGUGGUAAAAGAGAUUGAAAACAUCAUGCAGAUUGCCGGGAUAAAUCCCAAUGUUGAGUCAGCCACAAGUUCGUCAAGUUAUGAGGUGGCAUCCAAGGGAAGUACCCUCCAUCCAUACAGCGAUGAGUCCUUUGCUUCUAGUGGUACAUUUCUAGUUUCAAAAGUUUGAACAUAUGUUGAGUUUGGUUUUAGUUUAGUUUUUGGAGAAUUGAACAACUUCUGUGUCUAGCAUUCAAUUUGACACGAGGACAUAUAUAUGUAUAUAUAGAUAUGUGUUUUGUAUUGGUUUUCUUUCAUUUGCUCUUGAUAGAAGAUUGAAAAUUAUUGUCAUUGUGUAGAAACAGGUACAAUGCUUUUGGAGCUUUAUGUUUCCUAAUUUUAUUUUUGGUGUUUAAGUAUUAUUAGAUUGUCAUAACCAUAUCAACAAAGAACUAUUUCUUUU